AUGUCCCUCCUGACGGCGUCCACUCGCUCGGUCUUCUCCAACUCGACAGCUUCCGUCAGCGAACACGUGGAUUUGGAGCUCGUCAAUCGGAUCAUUGAACGAGCUCCGAGAAGUGCUACCACUUUCCCUCUCAUCCUGCGUGCUUACAAUGAAGUUUUGGAAGACCACGGCAUCACUCCAUCCGCCGACACAGCCUACUAUGGUUUUCUUCUCAAAGUCGGCAACAUCCGAGCGGCAACCUGGGGCGAACGAUGGGAUCUCUGGAGAGCAGCUCAUAAACCUGUGAAACCCACUUACUCUCCACCUUCCCCCACUCGCCAAUCCAUCAGGAUCCCACAUUUAUCAGACGUGAAAUCUAGACUUCCUUUCCUAGCUUCAGCAAGCUCAGAUCUGGACGAGGGUUUCCUUCCCGACACAUCGGACACGGGUGGAGAUCAAAGUUUUAUCAAAUCCAUUCGUCCAUCUCCAAGAAAAAUCUUAGCCAGAGAUUACGCAAAAUCUCGUUCGCUGGUCGGAUACACUCCCAGUCAAUCGAUAGAUUACGAUACCAUCACUCUCGAUCCUCCUGUACGAACUUCGACCCCCGUACAUGCUCAAGAAGGUCGUAUCAGUCCUGCUCUCCCGCCUUAUUCCGCGUCGGAUAUCAGCGUGGAGUUGGAUGUCACUGGUGCUAGCUCGGAAUUCUUCACUCAGACUGGAUAUGAAGAUAGGGCUCAGACUCCAAAACCGCAACCGAAGAGACAAGAAAGAGUGUUGAGUCAGGCUUUGGUAAAUGCUCUUGAACAGCGAGCGGAUCAUUUUUAUCAUACUGGAUUGUUGGGACGAUGUCUUGAUGUCUGGGUGCAGGCUCACGACUGGGUACAGGAAACCAAUAGGAAAAUCGACCAAGCUCGAGAUCGUGUUCUCCUCCGUCAGAUGUUAAUUGGUUGGCGUCGUGAACUGAAUUAUCGACUCUCCCUUCCCAACACUGCAGAAGCUCAUAGGAAUCAACACUUGAAGCGCAAGUAUCUGGACCUGUGGAUCACGAGAUGGAAGAAUGCCGAUUUGGCAAGAAAGCAACAACAAUUCAUGGCCAUUCAACGUGCCAGGAUAUUGGAGAAGACUUGGGCGACGUGGAAUCUGAAGUUCAUCAGACAACGUAGGGCGAGAUUGGAACGGUAUUUACUCCAUCAAGAGAAAACGUUUGUGCUUCGCAAAAAUCGUGCGAUGCUGAAUCAAGUUUUAACCAUAUGGCGAGGGAAAACUAGAACCCUCAUUAAUACUCGCGCUGCCGACCAACUCUAUGUCCGCAAAACACUGCAUAUUGCUCUUGGCCAAUGGCACAAACAAACGAUGUUGAAGACGGAAUUGGCGUACUUCAGAGAGAAUACAGAAAGGAAACUAGUAUCCGACUCAUUCUCUUUGUGGCGUCUGAAGUCAAAUCUCGCUCGGCCGGAAAGAGUGACCAGUGCUCGAAAGGAUAAAAGCCUCCUUCGACAUGCACUACAAGGUUGGCGACUCCGCAGGCAGACCAAUUUGCAUCACGCAGCUUGUUUUCUAAUGGCGACGAAAUUGCAACAUGUUCGGAGUCUUCAACUCAGGGCGAAUAAACUUAGCCGUCAUCGGGAUACUACACUCAUCCGACGGCUUUUCACUCAAUGGGCUGUGGCCGGGCGAGGGGAAUUAUUGCAACGCGUGACGGAAAGACGACUUCUCCGGCGAUCAGUCCUUCGGUGGGAGGCUCGUCUGGACGACGUCAGUCGGCUCGAUCAUCAAGUUGCGCAAUUUCGGGGUGAACAAAACUACAAGACAAUCCAUCGGAUCUUCUCUCGUUGGAGAGAUCAGUGCGGUCGACAGCAAAAUCGCGUUCUCCAAGCUGAUUUGUUGCUCAAUAUCAAAGAUGAUCGUCUUCUGUCAAAAUCCUUGGUGAAGUGGCGUGAUCAAGGGACGAAAGUUAUCGAUGAUCAAAAGAAAGCAGAUAAGGCAUAUGCGUUCUUUUGCUUGUCGUCGGCGUGGGAUAAAUGGCGGAUGAAACUACGUCUAAAACGUCAGGCUGAAAUGGUACGAAGACGGCAAAUGAAAGAACUAAAGGAUGCUUUUGAUGCUUGGCGGGCAUGGUCUACAUAUACUUCCGGAUCGGAAGCAGCUGUGACUGUUUUCAGAGAGUUCCAAGACAGGAAUCUGAAGAAACGUGUUUUACAUCAAUGGGCUGAGAAUUUUAUGCAUGUUCAAAUGCGCGAAUUGGAACAAGUGGAGAAGCGCGAUAUGAGACUUAUGCAUCAGGCCUUGGACAAAUGGCGCACGCAAUUUAAAAGAGUACAAGAUGCCACAGAUCUCAUGCAUACAUUUAUGGAUCUCAAAGCAGAAGAUUCCCUUCGUCGUGUCCUUCGUCGAUGGCAUCAAGUCGCCUCUGCUUCACAAUCUCGACGUCUAGCUCUUGAAGAGCUUGAACAACAACGAGAGACGUCUCUUUUGAAAAACGCAUUAUCUAUCUGGCAUGGGAAAUGGAAAGAAAGUACAUUACGAGAAGUUGAAGAAGAAGUUGUUAUGCGACAUGAAGAUGCUAUCAUGUUUUCCGUUUGGGAUAAAUGGAAAGGUCGAUGUAGUCAAUUACCCGCUGUCAUUUUUAGGAAUAAACAUCUUAAAUUACGUGUAUGGAUUCAAUGGCGGGAAGAGUUACAAUGGAUUAAUAAGGAAAAAGAUAGUUCGUAUCCUCGUGAUCGUAAAUUAAUAGAGGAAGCAUUUGAUAUAUGGAGAGACGAAUUUCUCCGUAAAGCAGCUAAAAGCACACGUAUACGUCGUUCUCGUCCAUCUACCAAACAAAUAGAAGAUUACCCACGUCGAAUAACUUCAAACCCUUCCAUCCCCAAUAGAUCUCUAACCACUUCAUCUCCCCGUCUUUCAGAUUUCACAAAUGAGCGAUUCGCAACCAAAGUCAAUAUGCCAAUUCGACCAGGAAAGAACAUAUCGGGACAUGUAAGAUCUUCAUCUCAAAAAGGUAAACCAGGACAAGAAGAAAGAAUAUCUUCAAGUCAAAGUGUUAUUAGUGAACCUGCUUAUUCUCGAUUACGUUCAGAAUUAGGUAGAAGACGUAGUGAGGUUGGAGUUGGAGUGGAUGAAAAUGUUGAGAUUGAUAUUGAGGAGAAACAAGGACAGGGAGGUGAAAAGAAUGGAGGAAGUGAUUUGUUACGUGCUCUCAGAGGGACUUUGGGUUUAAGUAUCAAAAAAGCUCUCGAGUGA